AAAAAGUUAAUUUAUUUUUUAAAACUGAUAAUUUUUUUAAAAGAGUUAGAAGACUGAAGUGCAACGGAAAUAAUAAAAAGAAUAUUAGUGAAUUUCCUUUCAAAGUGGGAGAGUACUAAACAUUUGAGACUCCCCCAUCUUUUUUAAAUGUUGUUUUUAAAUUUCUUAUUUUUUUUGGCCGGUCGUCUCAAAUUCAUCUGAUCUCUUAUUACCUCAAUUUUGGAAACUGCCUUCCAGCGACCCUCCGGGACCACACAGACAGGCUGAGGACGACUUUAUGACCRAGAGCUGAACAAGAUGCAUUGUGAGAGGUUUCUAUGCAUCCUGAGAAUAAUUGGAACCACACUUUUUGGAGUCUCUCUCCUCCUUGGAAUCACAGCUGCUUAUAUUGUUGGCUAUCAAUUUAUCCAAACGGAUAACUACUAUUUCUCUUUUGGACUGUACGGUGCCUUUUUAGCAUCACACCUCAUCAUCCAAAGCCUAUUUGCCUUUUUGGAGCACCGAAAAAUGAAAAAAUCCCUCGAAACCCCCAUUAAAUUGAACAAAACUGUUGCUCUUUGCAUCGCUGCCUAUCAAGAAGAUCCAGACUACUUAAGGAAAUGUUUGCAAUCGGUGAAGAGGCUAACCUACCCUGGGAUUAAAGUCGUCAUGGUCAUCGAUGGGAACUCGGACGAUGACCUUUACAUGAUGGACAUCUUCAGUGAAGUCAUGGGCAGGGACAAAUCAGCUACCUACAUCUGGAAGAACAACUUCCACGAAAAGGGACCUGGUGAGACAGACGAGUCACAUAAAGAAAGCUCUCAGCAUGUAACCCAAUUGGUCCUGGCCAACAAAAGUGUUUGCAUCAUGCAAAAAUGGGGUGGAAAAAGAGAAGUCAUGUACACGGCCUUCAGAGCCCUGGGUCGAAGUGUGGAUUAUGUACAGGUGUGUGAUUCAGAUACUAUGCUUGACCCUGCUUCCUCUGUGGAGAUGGUGAAAGUUUUAGAAGAAGACCCCAUGGUUGGAGGUGUUGGGGGAGAUGUACAGAUUUUAAACAAGUAUGAUUCCUGGAUCUCCUUCCUCAGCAGUGUGAGAUACUGGAUGGCCUUUAAUAUAGAGAGGGCCUGUCAGUCUUAUUUUGGGUGUGUCCAGUGCAUUAGUGGACCUUUGGGAAUGUACAGAAACUCCUUGCUGCAUGAGUUUGUGGAAGACUGGUACAAUCAGGAAUUUAUGGGCAACCAGUGUAGUUUUGGCGAUGACAGGCAUCUAACGAACCGGGUGCUGAGUCUGGGCUAUGCAACAAAAUACACAGCUCGAUCCAAGUGCCUUACUGAAACGCCUAUAGAAUAUCUUAGAUGGCUGAACCAGCAGACCCGUUGGAGCAAGUCCUACUUCCGGGAGUGGUUGUACAAUGCCAUGUGGUUCCACAAACAUCACUUGUGGAUGACCUACGAAGCCGUUAUCACUGGAUUCUUUCCUUUCUUUCUCAUUGCCACAGUAAUCCAGCUCUUCUACCGGGGUAAAAUUUGGAACAUCCUCCUCUUCUUGUUAACAGUCCAGCUCGUGGGUCUCAUAAAAUCAUCUUUUGCCAGCUGCCUUAGAGGAAAUAUCGUCAUGGUCUUUAUGUCUCUCUACUCAGUGUUAUACAUGUCCAGUUUACUUCCUGCUAAGAUGUUUGCAAUUGCAACGAUAAACAAAGCUGGGUGGGGCACAUCUGGAAGGAAAACCAUUGUUGUUAAUUUCAUAGGACUCAUUCCAGUGUCGGUUUGGUUUACAAUCCUCCUGGGUGGUGUGAUUUUCACCAUUUAUAAGGAAUCUAAAAAGCCAUUUUCAGAAUCCAAACAGACAGUCCUAAUUGUUGGAACAUUGCUCUAUGCAUGCUAUUGGGUCAUGCUUUUGACACUGUAUGUGGUUCUCAUCAAUAAGUGUGGCAGGCGGAAGAAGGGACAACAGUAUGACAUGGUGCUCGAUGUAUGAUCUCACAUUGUUGAUGUUUGCAGGCACACAAGCAGACACACACAACACCUUAGUUCCUCCAGGGGCGCUACAGUAAUUGUGGCAUCA